AUGAGUGCAGCCCUGCAGGUGACAGCAUUUGGGCUCGCUCUUCUCUCAACGCUCUUCCUACUCCUGGCCACGUGCACGGACUGCUGGAUGGUCAAUGCUGAUGACAGCUUGGAGGUGAGCAGAGAAAUCACCUGGAAGGUGAGCAGAGUAGCCACCUUUAAGGUGAGCAGAGCAACCAUCAUCCUCAAGGUAAGUCACAAAUGCCGGGGCCUUUGGAGGGAGUGUGUCACUAACAUGCAGGACGGGGUCAGGACCUGCGACCAAUAUGACUCAAUUCUGGCUGACCACCCAGUGAAGAUUGUGGUGACACGGACCCUGAUGAUCACGGCAGAUCUCCUGGCUUGCCUGGCUUUGGCUACACUGGUCCUUGGGCUUGACUGCAUCACGUUCCUCAAGGAAGAUCCUUGUAUCAAACUGAAGAUGUGCUAUGGAGCUGGAGUCAUACUCUGCGCUGGGAGCAUCCUGGGGCUCAUAGGCUCCGUGUGGUAUGCAGUGGAAGUCUACGUGGAGAGGGCCAUGCUGGUGUCACACAAUAUAUUCCUCGGAGUCUACUAUGACUUUGGGUGGUCAUGCUGGCUGGGGAUGGCUGGCUCCAUGGGCUGCUUUGUGGCAUCUGUCCUGCUGACCUGCUGCCGCUGUGCUUGCACAGCAGUAGCUCCCAGCAGCCGCUGUCAAGUCCAGAGGCAUCCCCAGCCCCAGGGCACCCAGACAGUCACCAGCAAGAUGUAUGCCAUGGAUUCUCGUGUGUGA